GAGUCAGAAGACGAGAAUGUAGAUAUACCAUAGAUAGAUACCGUAUGAAUGGGAAGAUGUUAAACUACCAUCAGGCUUUUCAAUGCAUGUUGUCAGCGCUCUUGAAAUUCCUGAACAAAGCAAACAAUAUUCCCCCAACGCAGCGUCACCAGUCUGUGUCUUUUUUACGGUUUGUCACCUUGACAACCCACCACAACGGGACAUGCGAACUCUGAAGUCGACCCUCACGCGGUACCGUGGGGCUUAUCUCCGUUGUCAAGGUCUGGCAACGACCAGAGGACUCGUUAAUUCACCGAAUUUUCGGUAAUGGCCCGCCCUCCAGCCCUGCCGGCCAAUAGCAAUCAACGCUAUAGUUUCAAUAUCUCCGUGCUCUCGUCAGCGCUACAGUGUCAACGCUGACGGCGGAACGGACACCUCUCGCGCCCAGGGGGUAAUGUGUCAGACGCCGCAGAGACACGAGAAAGAAGUAAAGCACGGCGCUCUCAACAGGAAGUGUAACUGUGCGCUGGCUGGUGAAAGAGGGGACAUUGGCGGAUAGCAGCAGCUGACUUUUCAAGAUUUCCCGGACUGAUUCGGGUUGGAACUUACCAGAGGGAAUUUAAAAGUUGUUUUCCUUUUUUCCGCCACCUUUCUCCUGCACGUUUAGCCACUGACUGCGCGCUUGGAGAAGGGUGGCACGAGCAUGGGAUUCUUUCUGUGAUGUGGAUUCUUGCAGAAGCAACGGAGGCAAACCUCUGUGUACAGAACAAUGUGAGACGGUACUGGCUGCUUCUGUUUCUGGAUAUUCUCAAGAUCAUUGGCAACAGCUGAGCGCGGGAUAUCCCAGUGGCCCGGCCGUCCCGGAGCACACCGGCAUGGGCUCAUAGCUGCUGUAACGGAGAUACCCACUACCCAGAGGAACUUCUCACAGCGACAGACCUUUCCAAUACAUAUGUGCUCGUGCGCCGGCGACCAGCAGUGUCGCCGUAUGGGAUAUUAAUUAUAUUAUUUUCUCUGAAUCAUGAACUUUGCUGGCAUCCUGAUGCGGUUCCUUUUCGUGACGUUCGUGUGUUUGUCGGCUAUAAAGACUGCCCACAUCCCCGAGGAGGAGGGACAGCGCGUGCAUGAAGUGGUGAUGCCAUUCCUAGACGUAUAUAACCGGAGCGUGUGCCGUCCACGUGAGGUCCUGGUAGACGUGUUGGCGGAGUAUCCUGACGAGGUGGAGUACAUCUUCAUCCCGUCCUGCGUGGCUCUGAUCCGCUGUGCCGGCUGCUGUUCAGACGAGGCGGUCGAGUGUACCCCUGUGCUCACACACAACGUCACACUCGAGGUAAAGAGAGUAAAGCCUUUCCGACUGGAGAACAAGAGCUACAUGAGUUUUACUGAACACAGUUUGUGUGAGUGCAGACCAAAGAAGGAGAAAGAGAAAGGUGAAAGAAAACAACGGAGGGGCAGAGGCAAAGGCCUCAAGCGAAAGAGAAAGAGAAACCGACAGAGAACACAGGAAGUCUCUAGUCCAGUGUGUGAGCCAUGCUGCAGUAGCUGCUCGGAGAGGAGGCGUCGCCAGUUUGUCCAGGACCCCCGCACGUGCCAGUGCUCCUGCAAAAACACAGAGGCCGACUGCUGGGCCAAAAGCCUCGAGCUCAACGAGAGGACCUGCAGGUGUGAUAAGCCGCGUAGGUGAAUGUGUGUGAAGUGCAUACAGUGGACUUCCAGAUGAAGGAACAUUAUCAGCCCCAUCACUGCCCUUCACCCUUCACCUUCCCCCCCCUCAACCUCUGAACUCUCAAUCGGUGCCUGCCUGUGGACGCGAGCCCUCGCUCUGGAGAAGAAGAGAAAAGAGGAGGAGCGAGAGGAGAGGAGAAGAGAGAAGGAGGAUUAAAUAAGUGCAUAUGAAGACAUAGAUGAAGACAAAUAGAAGAGGAGGUUUUUGCUGCUAAAUGAAGAUAGAAGCAGUGUGUGUGUGUGUGUAUGUGUGUGUGUUUUGAGGAACUGUUACUCUGGACUGUACGCAUAGCAGGUUAGAGCUCCAGACAGCCCUCAUCGCCCCACCCCCCAUUAUGAUGUCACAUCCAGUUGUCAUCACACCUCUGAUAUCACAUCCUGUUUCGUGAGUCGCUGCUUCUGUCCCGGCCUCUCUGCAUCGCUCAAGAGGCUUCACAAAGACCUCUUGUAUAUAUGUGUAUGUCUGUGUGCGAGUGUGCGUAUGUGUAUUAUCGCCUACGAAACCACUUUGUGCGACCCCUGCACAGAUGGACCUGAGCGUAUCUGGACGGGCCUUCGUUCAGUUGGACUUUGCUGGGCUCUCUUGUGUUCUCCGGGAUUCUUUGUGCCCGCCCUCUUAAGUUAUUGUGUUUCUGGUUUGUGUCUGUACAGUCAUAUGCAGUUUCCUCCUAGUCUACAACUCUGUGUGAUUCUUACUACUUCUGUCUGUGGCCCAAUGGAUUGGUAGGUUCAGUGCAGUAUUACUAUCAGACUGAUCAGACUUUGUGUGUGUGUGUGUGUGUGUGUGUGUGUGUGUGGGUCAUGCCAGAUUCAAGUAGUCUUCCCAGAAAUCAAGAGAAACAUUCCUCUUAACCCAUCAGUUAUUGCAACAUCAAAUAUAAAAUAUUUCCACACAUGGUUUCAACAGCCUGUGUGUGUGUGUGUGUGUGUGUGUGUGUGUGAGUGAGUGAGAGGGAGAGAGUUGGGUGUGAUAGAGUGUUGUGGACUGUUAUGUGUGUUUGUUUAUAGUAACUUAGUCCUGCCAUCAUUUCACCCAUUCUUGUCUUAGAUCUCUACCCAUUAUCGUAUUUAUUACUCUGUAAAUAUGUGUGUUUGUUUGUGUGUGUGUGUAUGUGUGUGUGUGUUUGUGUGUGUGUAUGUGUGUGUGUUCUAUGUAAAUGAUUUUAAAAAACUAACUUUCUGUGAGACUAAUGUAGUAAAACAUAUUUAUUUUCAAAUGAAA